AUGGAGUUAGUACCUUGUUUACCUUCAUCUAAAAAAGAGAUUGAAGAAUUAAUAGAGAAAGCAAAAGAUUGGGCUCUUAUGCAUGGUCUGUGUAUGAGAUCAAAACAAGAUUUUGAGAAAAAUGUCCUACAAUUUGCACCAUUUAUUCUGAUGCCAUCUCCAUUUCCUAGGAAAGAAUUUGAGAAUGCUUGUCAAAUUCAAGUAGUUUUAAAUGUGCUUAUACAUAGGGUUGCCCAGGAUUACAAUUUUUUAAAAGAAACUUUAAAAGAAACAAUUAAAGUAGAUAAUUUCACCAAAGAAUUAUUUGAAAUUUGUAAAAUUGUAAACAUUGAAGGGGGAUCAGCACAAAAAGUAUCUCUUGCUAUAUUGCGAUCAGACCUAAUGUUGAAUACAACUUGUUCAUGUAAAAAUAUAAAUAAAAAAUGUCUUCCACAUUGUUGUUGGAAACAAAUUGAAAUAAAUACAAUUGCAUCUGGCUUUGGGUGGUUAGGACCUGUUUCAACUGAAUUACAUAAAUUUGUAUUAAAAGAACUUGGUUAUCAUAAAGAAAUAAGAAAUCUUCCUGAGAAUAAUGCGUUACAAAUCAUAUGUUCAAGUAUGGUUAAAGCAUGGAAAAUAUAUGGAAACCAACAAGCAGUAAUCUUAUUUGUUGUUGAAGAUGUUACAUAUAAUAUAUGUGAUCAACGUUUCCAUGAAUUUGAAAUUAGGAAACAAAAUCCAAAUAUCAGAGUUAUUCGUAGAAAUUUAACACAAUUAGCAGCUACUGUCAAAUUGAGUUAUAAAAAAGAAUUGACAGUAGACCAUUAUAUUGUAGCUGUAGUAUAUUACAGAUGUGGAUAUGAACCUGGACAAUAUCAUACACAAAAUGAGUGGAAAGUAAGAUUGUUAAUAGAAAGAUCAUUGGCAAUUAAGUGUCCUACUAUACAAUACCACUUAGCAGGAACUAAAAAAGUUCAACAGGCUCUUACAAAGCCAGGUGUAAUUUGUAAAUUUUUAAAAAAUGAAGAAAUAUGUGCAGAAAUCAAAGAAAUAUUCAGUGAACUAUAUGCAUUAGACUUUGAUGAACAUAGAGAUGCUGCUGUAGAAAUGGCAAUUACAGAUCCACAUCAUUUUGUACUAAAACCUCAAUGGGAAGGAGGUUGCAAUAAUAAAUAUGGAUCAAAUAUAAAAUAUUUCCUAGAAUCUGUAAAAAAUAAGCAAGAAAGAGUAGCUUGGAUUCUUAUGAACAAAAUUUAUCCUCCAAUUCACAAGAGUUGUAUGAUUAGACCUGAAAGUAAUAUAAAAAUAGAACUCCAAGAAUUAGUUUCUGAAUUAGGGAUAUUUGGUGUCAUAAUAGUCAAUGAAAAUAAUAUAUUUGUUAAUAAGCAAAAUGGUCAUAUGUUACAGACAAAGUUGUCUACUGCUAAUGAGGGUGGUGUUGUAACAGGACAGGCUUUACCAGAUGUUGUACAUGCUGUAGCAAAGUAUGAAAUAAAUUGUGAACCAAGAGAAAUUUUCUUUUUUCGAAAAGGUACCAUAGUAAUGUGGAAUAUUUCUCAGCUUGAAAGUGAAAAUAUAUUAGAAUUUUUAAAAAAAUAUGAACAAAAUCGUUACUUGGAAUAUCUUGUGCAAUUGGAGAGUGAAUCUAUGUGUUAUAGUUAUGCAGACACUGGGAAAAAAAAUCAUAUAAAAAAUGGUACCAUUAUUUUAGCUUUAAAUGCAACUAAGUUAGAUAAGUAUACAUUUUCCAAUGCAAUGGCACAAUCAGUUAAGUUAGGUGUAUGGGAAGCAUCUUUAGAUGAUUAUAUAAAUUCUAUAGAAUUUGUUGCUGAAGAUUUAAAAACUGGUAGAAAACUUAGAAUGACUAAAUCUGAAGUAUUAAAAAAACAAGGAGAAUUAUUUGCAUUGCGACAUUCAAUUAAUUUAAGUUCAGAUUUAUUGGAUACUCCAGACUUUUAUUGGGAAAGGGAAGAUAUGGAACAUCUUUAUCAAGAAACUUGUUCAUAUUUUAAUAUUGCAAAACGUACAAGAGUCAUAAAUGAAAAAUUAAAUCAUUGUGUGGAGCUUGUGGGAAUUUUAUCUACACAUUUAAGUGAUCGCCACCAUAUUCGUUUAGAGUGGAUGAUUAUUAUUCUCAUUAUGGUUGAAGUUAUUUUUGAGAUACUACAUUACAUUGAUAAAUAUCUUUCAUAA